AUGAAGCCGGGCCCCUCGCCAAACUCACCUCGCCUCGAGCUGGCAAGCAGCGGUGCUUCACCUCGCUCCUCGCCAAAGGCCUCCUUUCCCGAAGCUCUACCCCUCUCUGCGAAAGCUUGUGCUCCAUCGGUACCGCCCACGAAUGCCACUACGCACAGUCCCCCUGGCGAAAUGGCUGCAACCACACGUGCCUCUGCUGCAAGUGCGGUGUCUACUGACUCAGCUUUACUCGCUCAGGCACAUAGGUUGCACGACGACAGCGACGAUGCCACCAAUGGAAGUGGCACGUCAAGUCCGCCAACCCUCUCCCCAUCCCUUGCGACAGCGACAGACAAGUCGCUGGGAGACUUGCCAGUCCUUGACACCUCUGGUACCCCACCGUCUCCCCUGGCUAGGCAACUGCGACUGCCCUCGCGGACGGCGGUGGAGCUGCAGCACUUCGGCUGCUGCGUUUUCUUCUUUCCGGCCCGGUUCGUGUCGUGGCUGUUUCCGCUGGUGGGCCACGUGGCCAUCAGCAACGCUGAAGGGUCGCGGCUGUACACGUUUGAGUCGUCUUACUACGUCCGGGAGGAAAAGCUCAUAUCGGUGCUGGAUAUCGUGCUGCGUGAGGAAGGGCAAGAGCAGCACACCGCCUCGCACACGGGGAGCCCAGUGGACGUGUCCGCGCCCUCCAUGACGGCUUCUCUGGGGUGCUCUACGCGGUCACAACUGAUGGGGAUGUCAAUGGCAAGUGAUGCCUCGGCUUCAGACACCGCCGUGACGUCGCCAUCCGAUGCGAGCGCAGGGUCGUGGGUGCGGUGCAGGGCGACAAGUCCGGUGUUCCCCCCACACUGUAGUACACGCCCACCGCGGCGCGCGGGGCGACCAAGGUCAGCGGCUGGCGCACCAGCUUCCGGCCACGCGCACACGCAGUGUGUCCGCAUUUGGGAUCUUAAGCCACUGCUGAUGGAGAGUCGCGGACGUCGGACCCGUCGCACCCCGUGCGGGCUAACCACUCAGGGGGGUAAGCAAGCCGCUGCAGUGUUGUGGGAGCGCUUGCAGGAGCUGCUGCAACCGACAGAGGCUUCCACUGCAUCGAUGCAAGGAGCAUCGACUGCAGGCGGUACCGUAGACAAAGCAUUGUCGCCCAAUCCCCCAACGUUGAGGGUGAAGCGUCGAUACGCGUCAGAGUACCACAGCGACGAUGCGGACGGCGGCCGGUCAGCUCCCGGCAUGAGCAGCAGUGGCGAGGAAGAGGGGGAGGAGUACGAGCUGCUGGACGCAGAGACAGCUCGCUUCUACAACAGGAACCUUAAUGCAACAAUCCGCCUCUUCCGUGGAAGCGCUGACGGCAGCAUCAACUCGCCCGAUGUCGUGCUGCAACACCACAGCUCCUUCUCUUUUGUGGGGUUCGUGCUGGAGGCAUGUGGUGUGGGUAGCCAGGGAAAGGCGAGCAGCGCCGUCUCCGCGCCGAAAUCACCCGCGAAGGGGGCAGCUAGCGGUGAAAGUGUGGCUGCAUCCGCAAGUCCUUCUGCUGCCCCGAACAGCCCAGCGACCGCUCCCGCAUCCGAUGACGCUGUGCCCGGCGAGAGCCUCAACUCUGAAGAGGAGAUUCACUGGGGUGUGGUGAAGCUGCUCUUCCACGUAUCCGUCUUCGGCAAGUGGCAUCGUGGUGAUCGACGCCUGUGGCGCGUAGUGCACGGCGGUAGCAUCACAAGUGCUUCCAUUCUCUGGGCGGCGAUCAUUGCCUUGGCGUACCACUACUUCACGCUCCUUUUCUUUUGA